UCUCCUCCAAGUUUGUUUUGAAAGCCAUUACAGAACGGGAGCAUCAGUUCCUCAAGGAAUACUGUAUGGUAAUGAAGCCACUAACAGUAGCCUUAGACAUACUUCAGGGAGAAGACAACUGUUUCCAUGGCACACUCCUACCCACACUGGAGACAUUGAUGUUGAAGACCUUGGACCUGAAGAGUGGUCUGCAAAUCCUCGUUGACCUUCCAGAGGCAAUUGUUACAGCAAUCAAAACAAGAUUUGCAGAGGUGCUGGAAAGUGAGAAUGCCGUCUUAGCUGCUGUGACUCUGCCCAGGUUUAAACUACGUUGGCUGCGGACACAGGACAGGAAGGACAAGGCCAAGGCAAGUCUGCUAGCAGAGUGCCGGAAAAGUGCUCAAAAUGAAGACCAGCAAACAGGUACUGCCAUCACACCAGCAUGCACUGAGUCCGCCAUGGAGGAUGAGUUCUUCUCCUUUGAGGAUGAGGAWGACACCUCUGCUACUGCUGAAAGCCAAGUUGCUGAUUAUUUCAAAUCAGGAGCACAAGGGAUGGAYAGUCUUAAUGGAUUUCCACUUGUAAAGAAARUUUCACUCAAAUACAAUGCAGCCACUCCAUCUAGUGCCCCUGUGGAAAGACUGUUUARCUUAGGGAAGCUUGUCUUCACUCCAAAGAGGAACAGACUUUCUGACCAGAAGUUUGAAAGGCUUCUACUUCUAAGAUACAAUCACUGGUUUUAAGGGGUAAGAUGGUCAGCAGAUGACUGGGUUGACUGAGUGGAUAAAUGAAUCCAUCUAUGCGUGGAUAGUUUAGUAGCUAAUGUUGGAUUUGUUCAGAUAAUUCAGAUUUUCAGUACUGUUUUAAAAGUACUUCAUAUWGUUAAAAUGGUUCUUUUGUUUUUAAGAAAAUACUUGAAGAACCAGUUGUGUGAGGGUUUGAUUUGAUUUUACACUACAGAGUUAAAGCACUUAUUUUUAACUGUUUUCUUUUAUUUUUAAGAAAAUACUUGAA